GCUGGGAGGGGGCAGAGAGAGAUUUUUAUUGGAAGCUGUUAAAGUGGUUGCUAUGAGACCUUCUCCAGCUAACACAGGCACAGCAGCGAGUGUGAGGCUGAUAAAUCGUACCUCUUGCAUUAUACCUUUCCUUUCUGCCUUUUUCCCCCCCCCCUUAACACAGCUUUUGUAGUUGUUUAAGAUCACAGGAAGCACCUGCCACUUGCUUUUUCUUCCCUUUUGCUCCCUUCUUCUGCCUCGUGCAAGAUGGAGCUAGAAAAUGAAAUUAUCAGCUCCUCCAGCAAUUCUUCAGCAGGCUCCAGAGAGUACAAGGUGGUGAUGCUAGGAGCGGGGGGAGUUGGCAAAAGCGCAAUGACAAUGCAGUUCAUAAGCCAUCGGUUCCCUGACUAUCACGAUCCAACUAUAGAGGAUGCCUAUAAAACUCAAGUCCGAAUUGAUGACGAACCAGCCUAUUUGGACAUUCUAGACACUGCUGGACAGGCAGAAUUCACAGCCAUGAGGGACCAAUACAUGCGGGGCGGAGAAGGCUUCAUUAUCUGCUAUUCCAUCACAGACCGCCAAUCCUUUCAAGAAGCUGCUGAGUUUAAGGAACUCAUUUAUCGCGUCCGGCACACCUAUGACAUCCCCUUGGUGCUGGUGGGAAACAAAAUAGAUCUUGAAGAGUUCAGACAGGUCUCGACUGAAGAAGGAAUGAGCUUAGCCAGAGAAUACUCCUGCUCCUUUUUUGAGACUUCAGCUGCCCUCCGCUUCUACAUUGAUGAUGUCUUUCAUGGACUAGUGAGGGAAAUCCGAAGGAAAGAGUCCUCACUGCCCAUGGUAGAGAAGAAGAUGAAGAGGAAGGAUAGUCUGUGGCGGAAACUGAAAGGAUCCCUGAAGAAAAAAAAGGAAAGUACAACCUGAUGGCAAUUCCCCAUGAGCCACCCAUCAGGAGCUGACCACAGUAACCUGUAACAGUUCAAAAAGGCAGCAUUGACACAGCAUCUUCCAGAUCAGGUCCUGGAGUUCCUUCCCUUCAGCCCUCAUGCAGAAGUAGCUCCUUGAAGGCCCAAUUCAUGGUUGCCCUGUGGCUCCUCUGUAUUAUAGAUAAAGUCACUUAGCAUACCCUCUCAUCCCUUCUCUGCAAAUCUGAGCGGAGAAAAUACUGUGUUUUUUAACCUGUGGUCCCUGGCUGGUGUUCAAAUGCUAGGAGUUAAGCCAGCAUCCAAGGCAGAACCAGCUUCCACCAGCUCUAGGACAACGGAUGCACUUAUUGCCUCCUCUCUACAUGCAUGGAUCAUUUCACCAUCCCAGGAAUGAAUAACAUUGAUUUCAAUGGACAUUUUGACUGUUUAAGGACCUUAGGAUUUGUCCUUCAGCUUUGCAUUCACAUGUAGGUUUAGGGUUAGACUGCGCUCAGCCCGCACGCACGUGUCUCUGUGCCAAUGUGUGUGUGUGACCCAGGCCCGAAGGGAACGCUGGGGGUUCCCGAUUUUGACCCUGUAAAGCCCUAUCCUCAUUGUGUCCUUUCCAUUUAGGGGGAAGGCUUGGCAAGCAUAGCACAAAUCACGCACCAGCUGUCUGGAGGCUGCAGGGCGACUGCUCUGUCCCCUCUGCUCAUGAGUCACCGGGACUGCCUAGCAGAGCUACCGUGUCCUACAGACAUGCCGUGCAUUCGAUUCACAGAAUAGUUUGGGUCGGAAGGGACCUUUAAAGGUCAUCUAGUCCAACCCCCCCCGCCAAAAGCAGGGACAUCUUCCACUAGAUCAGGUUGCUGGGAGCCCCGUCCAACCUGACCUGGAAUGUUCCCAGGGAUGGGGCAUCCACCACCUCUCUGGGCAAACCUGUUCCAGUGUUUCACCAUUGGCCACACUCCUGCAUCCCACCAAGGAGCGUACAAAGGCACUGUCUGUCUGAUGCUUCCCAGAGCCCUCCCUAGAGCGAUGCAGCUCUGUCCCAGCAUGUAAUAACAUCUGCGAUGUAGCAUUCAGCCCUCGAUUUACUAGAGAAUUGCAUCAGGUCAGUUACCAUCUUUCACAGUCCUUGACCAUCCAAGUGAAUCACUUGAUCGAUCAGUUGGACAGAUCUUUUAAAUAUUCCUUUUUAAAGCUGGCAUGAAGUAGAGUAUACUCUCAUGGACCAUUUUUUUCCCCAGACUUCUUUUACUAUUGAGUUUUAUUUAUAAAUUUUACAAUUAAUACAUGCAUUCAUUUUGUCAAAAAAUAAAGUUCGUGAUUUCCAUGAAACCAUAA